AUGACCGGGCGCAGCCGAGGCCCCGCCUUGUGGGCAGAGCUGCUCCUGCCCGUGUUCCUGCUGUCCUGCGGAGCUCUGGCCCAGCUGCAGCCGGCCGAGCUGCCGCUCGGCGCCAAGAUAUUGGGAGGCGCGAUCGACAGCCUGGUGGUCAGCCAGGGCCUCGUGCGGGCGUACCAGGUGGUGAACAAGGUGGAGGUGCAGAAGGGCACCUUCUCCUACACCCAGGGCACCUCCACAUACACCAAGAGCGAGUCGAUGGGCAGCUACGUCGCCGAGCGCUCCAACGCCACCUACCAGGCACGCAGGCACAGCUUGCCCUUCACGCCGCCGCCGUCGCCGCCGCCACUUGCAGCCGCCUCCCUGCCGGAGCAGCGGGCGGGGGCGCACGCAUGGGUCUACGUCGGCGGCAUCACUCCCGACUGCCCGGACAGGCCCUUUGAGGCGCAUGUGCUCUACGCCUGCAACGCCUCUGGUGCCGGCGGCGACCGCUUCGAGCCGGGCGUGCACCAGCCCAUCAAUUUCGACAACCUGCAGCCGCCCUGGCUGGCGGUCGACUUUCUCGCCUGCAUCAGGACAUUCACCGUCGCCUCCAGCCGCCUCGACCAACUGGGCGUGCUCCCCGCCGCCGCCACUUCCUCCCUCCCCGCCGCCGCUCCCACCCGCACCACCCUCCCCUCGUCCGCCGCCACGGCCGCGGUUAGGGUGGUGAACAAGGUGGAAGUGCUGCUGGGCAACGUGCAGCUGGAGGGCCCCAAUGCCAGCACACUGUUCAACGCCGUCUCCAUGGGCACUUUCUUCCCUGGCCUCUCCAACGCCACAUACCAGGUGUACUGGGGUGUGGUGGGCGGGCCGGGCCUGUGUGCCGCCACCGCCCAGGUCAUCACCACGCGCGUCACCUACGCGUGCUCCCCCGCCGCCAACGGCUCCGACGCCUUUGACCCGCCGCUCUUCGAGCCGCCCUGGCAGGGCGCCCCCGUGCCCUGGUUCUCUUUCGACUAUUUUUCCUGCACCCUGAACCUCACAGUGGCGUCCACCCGACCCAUCUACCUGGCAGUGCUCGCCGCCGCUGCCGCCCUCUCCUCCCCCGCAUCCGCCAUCCCCGCCGUUCCCAGCGCCUCUCUGCCGGUGGGGACGGUCAUGGAGGGGACUUUCGUGCCCGUCUCUGACUCCACCACUACCAUCUACAUCACCUAUCGCGUGGUGCGGGGGGUAGAGGUGCAGGUGAUCCAAGAGGUUCGCUCCCAAGCCGGGUCUGGCAUCAACACCGCCACCAACACCACCGCCAUCUUCUGCCCCGCCCAGUCCAGCGCCACGCGCCAGGUCUAUGCCCCCACCCCGGGCAACUGCGCCAACGUGGUCGGCGUGACCGGUGCCUUCAUCCUCAAGUUUGUGUGCAACGCCUCGGCGGCCACAGACUUUUUCAACCCGCGGCUGUACAAUGUGCCAAACCAGAACCUCGGCAGCUUCCCGCCCUGGUAUGUGGCCGACGCGUCGGAAGGCACCUAUGUGCUGCAGGCGCAGUCCCGCCGCGUCCCCCGGCCGCCGCUGCCGCCGCCCGUGGUCCCGUCCCCCCGCUGCUCACCCGUCAUCUCCGCCCGCUUCGCCGCCUCCACCUCGGGGAGCGCGCUGCUGGGCGGCGGCGGAGACCAGGUGCACGAGGGCGUAGCGUCCUGGGGCGGCUGCUGCAACCUGUGCGCCGCCGCCGGCUGCGACACCUUCUCCCUCGUGGCCGACACCCAGACCUGCUACCUGCGCAUGACGCCCGGCACCUUCACCCUGCGCUUCGACAAUGCCGUGUUUGGUUUCACGGCGGCCGCCGCCAUCUCCCAAGCCACCCAGGCCGCCACCGAGACCCAAGCUGCCAUCUCCCAAGCCGCCCAGGCCGCCACCGAGACCCAAGCUGCCAUCUCCCAAGCCGCCCAGGCCCCAGCCGCCGCCUCCCAGGCCCCAGCGGACACCUCGCCCACGACCCAGGCCACCCUCGCCGCGACCCAGGCCGCCGCCCAGCUGAAGCCGCGCCUCCAUAAAAAGGGAUUCGCUGAGCUGGCAGCCUGUCUGGCCGACGUCACCGUACCCCUCAAAAGUGGGCCAGUGGUUGGCGGAGGAGUCCUCGCGCUGCUGGUGUGCGAUUGCCUUUCGGCGACGCUGCCGCUGCUGAGAUGCGGGGCGCUGGAGUUGGUGGAAGGCGACUGGGUCCGACUGCUGACUGCGGCAGCGGCGCCCCUGGAAUGUGUGUUGCCACAGCUGCAGCACCUGGCGGCAGCGGUCUCGGGGCCCAGCCCCAGCCGCACCGCUCCAGACUCGCUGGACAAGUGCUUAAGCGCCUGCGGCUUGCCCAUCGUGUGGCUGACUGGCCUGGCGGCCGUGGAGCCGCCUGUGAUGCCGCCCCGCGUGGCAGCCGUGCUGGCGGCCACGGUGCUCACGCCGCAGAAGCUGCUCCCCUUUGUGUCCACCCUCUCCCAAGCCUCCCUGGCAUGGAUGGUUGCAGAGGGUGGGUCACUGGUGCGCCAUAACAGCUAG